AUGGCGUCCAUGUCUGCAGUAUCGGCGAAUACUGGUUCGGUGGUGGACAGUAGUGCCAUUACGAACUUUGACUUUGCGAUUUGCAUGGUAUGUGCUUGGCUGGUGCCCCGCUUGGUGAGCCACCAUCGACUGUACCAUCGGAGUCUGCAACGUAAUCCCGCGUGGGUACGAAAGCACGUAAGUGGAGAUCCUGGUCCUUCAGCGGAAGCAGCUGCUCGAGAUGGUUAUGCCAGUGGAAAUCCCCAACUGGCGUUUGCCAAUUCCGUGGUGAACUGGGCCAUGCUCCAAGCCCUGGGCUUUGCAGCAUUGUUCUACACGGUCACCGCUAUAGUGCUAAGUCUCAUGACAAGAGACCUGGACUACCGUACUUCGUUCAUUCUCAAGGGCAUAUCAUUCUUCAUUGGAGCUUUCUACAUCUUUCUACUCUCCUUCAAUGCCCCACAAUGGCUCGCUGUCUACGCCGCCGUAAACGAGUCCCGCCGUACACAGCUGGGAGAUGGACUGGCGUCAUUGGCCACUCGAGUCCGGUUGUCCACGGGAAAGACCUUUGUCAAUGUAUUCCCACUCAUGGCACCCUUCUUUUGUGGGGCAAAACCAGCCACCAUUCCUGCCUCCAUUGUUAUUGGAUUCUUCAUGGGAUUCUUUCUGUGUCUUAUCAUUGACUUUGGAAACAGAACCAUCAAAAAUGCGACUCAGCUCAAAUACUUUGCACUUACCAUGGCAUUGGCCAUGGUGUCCGUUUCGGCUUUAAUCUUUUCCUAUGGAUGUGCCUAUGUGGACAGAGUGUGGGGAGAUCGAAAGGGACAGGAUAUCACUGCAGUCGACAUUCUCACCUUUACGGUAUGGUUCUUGGGGGGAAUGCUCCUGCAUGCCCUGCAGUUCAAGAUUACCAAUGAUCACAAUCAAAAGGUGCUGCAGAAACAGAGACAACAACAGGCUCUCAAAAGAAUGGAUCACAAGCCUAAUACUAAUACUACUGCGCGUGGGGGUGCACACACUUCAGAUACACUGCUGGGAAGCGUCACACAGCGCCCACAAACUUUCUUUGGAAAGUCCGUGUACGGAUUCAGUGAAGCGCAACUCAGAAAUAUCGAUCCCAUGAGUAUGCGAAAUAUCGAUCCCAGUACCCGAAAUAUUAACACCUCGAAUCAGAGGCAUGAUGAUGUAGAUACACUCCUUGGAAGGGUCACACAACGCCCGCAAACAUUCUUUGGAAAGUCCGUGUACGGAUUCAGCGAAGCACAACUCAAAAACAUUGAUCCCAGUAGUAUGCGAAAUAUCAACACCAGCACCAUGAAUCACAGCAGCCAUCAUGAUAACAACACACCCAUGGAAAGUGUCAGGAGCGUUGUACCACCCAUUCCAGAAAACAUGGAAACCUUGGACGAAAUCGAGGAAAAUUCGAAUUCCGAGAGUGCACAUGUCGUCGACAACAAUACCGACAGCAAUGGAGACAUGAUGAAUGAAAAUCAUGAGGAUCAGGUCUUCUCGGCUGCCAUGGAAUCACCGCCACCACAAUUUCCACCACCACAAGAGCAGGCAAAACGUGACAGUCCGGCAAAAAUGGUGCCACAAAACAGCAAGGUUCAUUUUGAUGAUUCCGAAUCUCCAAAGAAUGUCGAAGGAGGACAAUUUGAAACUGUGCCAGACGAUGAAGGCUUGGACCAAAACGACAGUCCAAACGAUGAUAACGACGAGCCAAGUGAAUCCUGCUGCCAUCUCGUCAAUGUCGUGUGCUGUGAUUUGACCUGUGGAGCCGGUGGGAAAUCCAAUAAGUCAUCCACCGAAAAGCUACACAAUUGCUGCAGUUGGUUCGUUUGGUCCCUACUCUUUGCCGCAUCCAUGUUCUUUAUUCUCAUAUUGGUCGGGUCGCAGUUCCAGGAAAAAACGGUACGGGCCAAUUUGCCACGAGUCCACGAGAUUCUUUACGGAGAUAUGAACACCGGCCCCAUGUGUGCCUUUGACAAUCGAGGGACGUACGAGACGCGCCGUGAAAAGGUCGAAGCUACCCAAAGGACCUUUUGGACUCCAGAGGAUGCCCGUUUGGCCAACUACACCAUUCUGCAUUGCGGGGCCUGUGGAAAGUGUUCCAAUUAUCACGAUCUUCGGUUGGAAUAUGCCACACGCAACAUUUUGGGACAGGUCGCCUUGGAGUGUGCCAAAAAGGCGCUCUUUGGCGGUGGAUAUCAGACGCUCUUGGAGUGUACAAUGGAAAAGACCACGUUUUUGGAACCCUGUGCUCGUUGUUGGGCCACCGACAUGGAAUGUACGAAGAAGCAUUGCAUGUGGAUUGGAAUUCGGGCCUUUAUGAUCAAUAGCGUGACCAAUCUGCAGGUCGGAGCGGACGAUAUUACCCCGGCUACAUGUGAAGAGGCCAUGUGCGAGGCGUCCGAGAUUACAGAGCAGUACGGAAUGGGUGAAGGCUUUGUUCCCUGCUCGGGAGCCAGCAGGAGGAGGAUGAAUGUCACCUCCACGAUCAGCCGACCUCUUGACCAGCAGUGUAGACAGGUCAUGGUAAAAUGGGAGGAGUUCUUUGGUCCGAGCAAGGGCGAAUUGGACUACGAUCCGGCGUACGACAACAUCAUCGGAAGACGACAAUGA